UUGUGGAUUCUUUAAAAAAGAUACAUGUACCCUAUAAUAUUUUGGUUUUCCGAGUAUAACCUAAGUUCAAGAUGUUGACACUAACCUCCGACUUUUUGGCAGAAAUACUGUCUGGUUAGAAAAGCAAUAUCACGUGACCUAUGUGCACGUCCUUGCGUCCAUUUGUUAUAAACAUUUGACAAGUUUCAUGUGAUUCAUAUCGGAUGGGGGCUGGAAUGAACUUUCCUCAAUAAUUUUCAGGCAUGUCUCUUCAGCCAUGGAUGAGAGCACCAGCUUGCAAAUUUUUGAUUUGCUUAGGGGUGCUCCUUGUUGGAUUACAGUACAUGUUCAGUGGAACAUUUCACACUUACCGCCAUGAGACGCUGUUUUAUAUCCAUGGAGGUGCUCACCCGAGCCAUUCAUUAAGCUGGCACAAUGCAAUGCGAAACAAUGCCACCAAUUCAUCAACAGCAGCUCUCUUACUGAUGAAUCUCACAGCAAACACUGCUGUUUCUACUGCUGAGACGCUUAUUUUGCAUAGUAUAGCUGACAAUCUCAAUAUAACAAACAAGAAUGGAUCUGAAUUCAAGAACUUGACCACAAGUCAGCUUUCACUCUGUCCAUUGGUUCCAACUGAUCUCAGAGGACCUGUAGGAAUCAGUGAUGUUGCACACACCAUGGACCAAUUAGAACUUUUGUUUGACAAUCUAGAACCUGGAGGGCAUUAUACUCCCCAGAGCUGCAAAGCUCGAAGCAGAGUUGCUCUUAUCAUACCAUACAGAGAUAGACCGUCUCAACUCAACGCUUUUCUGUAUCACAUGCACCCAUUCCUUCAAAAACAACAGUUAGAAUAUGGAAUCAUUAUUGUGGAACAAGCAGGUUAUGGCCCUUUCAACCGUGCUAUGCUCAUGAAUAUUGGAUUUGUAGAGGCUCAAAAGCUUCAUGAGUACGAUUGCUUCAUUUUCCAUGAUGUGGAUCUCCUGCCAGAGGAUGAUCGCAACCUGUACACCUGUCCUGAGCAGCCCCGCCACAUGUCUGUUGCUGUCAGCACACUCAAAUACAAGUUGCCUUACAAGGACAUUUUUGGUGGAGUUAGUGCUCUCACAUUGGAUCAAUUCAAAACUGUGAAUGGAUUCAGUAACAAAUUUUGGGGUUGGGGUGGAGAGGAUGAUGAUAUGGCAAACCGCCUUAAAUAUCAUGACUAUCAUAUUUCUCGAUAUCCAGCUAAUAUUGCUCGCUAUAAGAUGCUUCCACAUAGGCGGCAGCCAGCUAAUCCCAAAAGGCAUGAGUUUUUAUACAACGGAAAUAAACGAUUUAAUACAGAUGGACUGAACAACCUACAGUAUCAACGUCAAGAACUGAAGUUGAAUAAGCUUUACACUUGGGUUCUAGUAGAAAUAUCAGAGUCCAGGUGAUGGGGUCAGCUUGCCUCACUUGCGUGGUGGGGCAAGCGAUAAGGGGAAUUAUUUCAAGUGUUUGCAACACUUCAGAAGUACCAUUUUUGUUUGAAGUUUAAUGGCCCACGAGAAGAAAAUCAGAUUACAGUCAUUAUUUGUGAUAUUCUAUCAUCUGUGUUAUAUUCUUAUGCUGUUGGAGUACAUUAGAAAAUAAUGGACCUUGAAAACUUCACAUCUCUCUGCAAUAGAUGACUAUGUUCCAAUGGUUUGACUUAGUGGAAAAUGAGAAUAAGAUUGCGGGCUCUCAGGAAAUAAUCUGUAUGUUCUCAUGGUACCGGUACUUAAAUAUUUAAGAUUAGCGUCCUAUCUCCAUGAUUCUCAAGAGCAGCUUUUAAGAAUUAUCUGUGAUAAUUAGUAGUAUAGGGCAAUUGUCUCAAAUAGAAUAACACCAAUUAUUGGUACAGAUUAAGUUAAAUGAAUACUCAGAUAAACUGGCCUUGUUACAAACUGUGUUCUGGGUGAGGCCCAUUACAUGUGAUACUGUUAAGUGACUUAAAACACUGUUGAUUAUUGCUUUUGUGAAUUAAUCCAUCUCUGUUACUGUUACUUUAGGUUUAAAAUGUGCUCAAAUCUAUAGAGCCAGUGGCUAGUUAUAUCCAGUUUUACUGAUGGGACUAGGGCAUGCUUAGUUGUUGCUUUAGGCUGCAUGAAAUGCCUAUAGACAGACAAAUUGUACGUAAUCUUUCUGUAUAUUCUCUUAUGCAUUUGAAUCUUGUUGACUUACUCAUUUUUUGCCUGGACAGGUAGUUAAAUUAUAAGUGUAUUAUGUCCUGUACUAUUUAGUAAGAAUUAAUUCAUUUGAUAUUACUUAAUUCCUUCUUCAUGUGUAUUGUUAAAAAAGAAAAUGAUGUGUUGGGCUUCAAGCGGAAGGAAAACCAUAAUUUGGUAACAAAAUUUUGCUGUGUUUGUUAGUUACUUUAAGCUUUGUUGAAUCUCCAUGUUUGGUUUGUUUGGAUGUGAUCUUACCUUAUCUUUGUCUUAUUUUUGUUUGGACUGUAAGCCUAUCCUGCUCUGAUCCUCUCCCACCAUUUUGGGUCAUUCACGAAAUAACUUUGUCCAUUGCAGACAAUUGUAGAUCAUCAUCACUUAUACUGCAUAAUGGUAGAUCUGAAACAACUCUAGCCCUCUCCCCCCUUUUGUGCCAAAUAUGCUGUGUGAAGUCUCUAAGGUGAGAACAUAUUGAUUCUAGUCUGGAUAUGCAUUAGAAUUAUCCCAUCCUCUCUGAGGAAUUUUUACCCUUAUAUUUUAACUGGCUAAGAUCCAUGUUUGAAUUUCUGAAUAAACAAGAUGUGACAUUGUUACUCCUUUGUUAUGCCAUGUACUUUAUGACCUUUCAUAUUUGGUCUGAAAUUGUUAGUUUUUGUGAUCUAUUGGUGAUGACAUCCUUUAUCCUAUGUUUGGGAUCAUGUACCUAUUCAGUUUUCCCUCAGUGUAUCUAGUUGUAUCCUUAACAAAUAUGUGUAAUCCUUUGAUACCGUAUUAUCAAUACUCCUUGCUUCAUAAGAACUGCUUGUCUUUUUGUUCUUUUUUUUUAAAUUGUUUAGUUUUUGUACUUUGGGGGAAAAGAUAAACUGACUGAAUUUUGUUGUUUAAAUCUCAAGGGGUUUUGACUUCUUUGUUUUAAAUUGUUAGUUUUGUCCUCUUUACUAAGUCAUUUUUUUCAUCCCCCACUCCUGUUAAAAUUUGUUUUGUGAUCCUUUAAAAUUUGUUUUUAUAUUUAAUGACUAGUCUUUGAUGCCUAUUGUUAUUAGUUUAAUUAGCUGAUUUCUCCUGUAAGCAUAUCACUUACUGUCCGGAAGGUGAAACAUUCUUUUCCAUUCAACUCCUUGAACAAUCUCUAUGAUAAUCACAAUUGUUUUACUACCCUAGAAUUUGAAAUAGUACUUUUAUGACAAUAUUAGGCCGGCUGUUUGGUUUGUAAAUUGAGUGUGAUGUGUUGUGGAAGAAACAAUCGUGGUGCAAACCCCUCCACAACGUUGGACCAAGAUUUCAGGAACAACACCGCCACUUAAGAACCUUUGUUGUCUUUUGUAAUGUGUACACUCAAGAGCAUAUGCAACUCUGUGUAUGCAAAUUAGUUUCUGACUUGUUUACAGAAUGUUAAUGCUCGAUUUGAUGCAAUACAUUCCUGUUAAUUUUACAAUGUAUUUUUUGUUCUCUUAUCAUAGUGGAUAUGUAUUCAUUGUCUGUCUGUACGUAACCCCUUACACAUUGUCAUAGACUCUUCAGUAUGUUGCCAUUAGGCUGCAAGUUUUUGUGAAUAAAGACUUAAAUAGAUCUGUAACAGUU